AAAAUAGCGGUUUCCUAAAAAAGAGAAGGGGUAAAUAAAAGGAAAAACGGAAAGGGCCCGAGACGAUUGGAAAAUUCGUUAGGGAACCGGAAAAUCUCCAAACAACAUCCAGCUCCGGAGAUCAAAUACAGUUCCCAGAACCAGGUAGGAAUCAGAAAUCGAGAAAUGGAUUUAUCACAGAAUGCAACUCUGGUGAUGGGAGGAAAUGGAGGCAAUGGGAUAGUGAACACGCAAUCAAAUGAUACUGCAAAUAUGACAUCUAUGGAUGAUCCAAAGCACAACCUUAACCAAGUUAUAAACUCCAUCCAGAAAAUUCUGGGCCAACUCCACCAACUGUACCUCACGGUCUCGUCUUUCAAUGCUGCAUCCCAGCUCCCCCUCCUCCAACGCCUGAAUUCUCUAGUUAUGGAGCUUGACAACAUGGCUAAAUUGUCUGAGAAGUGCAACGUCCAAAUUCCUAUGGAGGUUCUUAAUUUGAUUGAUGAUGGGAAGAAUCCAGAUGAGUUUACAAGGGAUGUUUUAAACAGCUGUAUUGCCAAAAAUCAAGUUACAAAAGGCAAAACUGAUGCCUUUAAGAGUCUACGAAGGCAUCUUCUAGAGGAACUUGAGCAGACAUUUCCUGAUGAAGUUGAAUCGUAUAGGGAGAUUCGAGCAAGUUCUGCUGCUGAAUUAAAACGCCUUGCCCAAUCACAAAGUGUGUUACCCAAUGGAGACAUGAAGGUCAAAUCAGAGCCUUGAAUGCCUUGCCAAUCACAAAGUGCAUUACCAGAUGGAGAUAUCAAGGUUAAAGCUAAGCCUUGAAUGCUCACACUUUUAUGAAUCAGGUUUUCAUCUGCAUAGCUUUCUCUAUGGGCUCUCUCUAUCUAUAGAAGAUUGCAUGGGAUAUAGUCCACUAUAGCAGCUGUUGUUGCUCAAAUUAAGGAUGUCACAAUCUGUAGUAUGCUCUUUUUUUGUUGAUUGCGGACAGCAAAUAACAUGAAGAUUAUGAUCUGAUAAAUGCUAAAGAUUUUAAGUAUCGUGUAUGGCUCAUGAAUAAAGUAGGCAUUUCAAUGCUUAGAAUCCUCAUAGAUAACGUUUUAGACUUUAGUGCUUCAAUUUGCUUCAUUGUGAUAGAAACAAUUUUUUGAACUUCAAAAAUAAAAACAUUGCCACAAU